AUGGAUUUAAAAAGCUGGAGACAAAUCAACUUGCUGAAGUGUCAGGCUGGGAAGAAAGUGGAUUUGGACGUCGACUUUAUCUACGAGAGCGGGGUUUCUUCUCCAUUUGACAACUUGAUCUGUAAUAUAUAUAUAUAUCCUGCUGAAUAUCUUUUGCUCCGCAGGUUUGAAAAGCUGGACAUCACCCCUAAGAGCGCCCAGAAGCUGAAGCCGGUUCUGGAGAAGUGGCUGGCCGAGGCGGAGCACUGGAACCAGAAGGGACAGCAGAACCUCAUGGAGUUCGUCGGCGGAGAACCGUCCAAAAAACGAAAGCGGCGCACGAGCUUCACGCCGCAGGCCAUCGAAGUCCUGAACUCAUACUUUGACAAGAACGCGCUGCCGACGGGACAAGAGAUCACGGAAAUGGCUCGAGAGCUGAACUACGAUCGAGAGGUGGUGAGAGUUUGGUUCUGCAACAGGAGACAAACGCUGAAGAACACGAGCAAAAUCAACGUCUUCCAGGUCCAGUAGCAACGUCUACUUCUGGAGAUAUUUCACACAGAAACACAGCGAAGGACUGUGAGGAGAAUACAAGCCAAGUGGAAAAAUAUGAACUUUGGUAACACUUUAUUUUAAGGUACACAUAUUCACCAUCAAGUAGUUGUUCAUCAACAUGCAUAUUAGCAGCUCAUUGGCUCUGUAUUAGUCAUUAUAAAACAGGCCUUGUUCUACAUGACCAUAUUCUACAAGUACUAGGCCAUUAGUUAAGAGUUUGUCCUCAAUAACCCUCUAAUUAGUGCUUAUUUAUUGUAAGUAAGGACGUUGUUGUACAUGAGUUUGGGUCUUAAUAUGCUCCGCUCAAUAUGGGCCUAAUAACUCUCAUAAUAACACCUAACAAAUAUGGUGUAUUCUUAUGUAACAAGACAUGAAACUAAAAGUGUUAAUUGUGUCAAAGUAACUCAAAAUGAGGUUUUUCUAACUCAGAAUAAGUUCCCUAUUUUAAAGUGAAGUCUUGUUCAUAACCAAUAAGCUAGUAGUUUGACUCUAAUGUGUAAAUGAACCACUAGAUGACGGUGAAUAUGUGUACCUUAAUCUAAAGUGUUACCUGAACUUUUUAAGAUGAAGAGAAAUGACUCAUAAAAGAGUUCUAAUAACAAGUUUCUAUCGUAUUUUAAGAUAUGUGUACACAACUCCUGUGAAGUCAAACUGCAUGGUCCUUUAGAGUGAUGAUAAUAACAUUUCAUAUUUAAUAAUAUUUGAACUUUUAUACAAGUGGUUUUAUAGGAAAAUCCCUCUGAAUCAUCAAAGUGGCAGUGCAUUGAGUCACAUUGAUUUUAGUCGCAUAAUUGUCACUUUACGCUGAUAUUUGAAGAACCACCAUGGAUGUUUUUAAAAAUUCUCCUUUAUUUUAUAUUUACGUGGUAGUUGUGCUACAUUGGCAGCUUGUAAAACCUAAAUAGGAUGCUGUAGACUGAAAAACAACCCUUUAUUAAUCAGAAUUCGUCGUCUAAUUAACACCAAAAAUGAAUUUUCCAUCCAUGACUCUGCAGCCAUGUUUGGGGACAAUCACCAUUUUUAUAUUUCUUAUUGAAAAUCACAAAAAAUCUGCAUUAAUUUCCUCUCGUUCGGCUUUCAUAUUUUUAUUGAGCAGCAUAAAAUAAAUGUGCCACACCGUCGGGGGUCCAGAGGGAAUGAUUUUUGACAAAAACUUGACUAUUGCCCAUGAAGCCACAACUGUAAACUAAUCAGUUUUUAUAAUGUUACUUUCAUACUGUGUGUGUGUGUGUGUGUGUGUGUGUGUGUGUGUGUGUGUG